CACCGGGCGUCGGGGGCCCCCCGGGCUUCGCUCAGCCAGGAGGGCGGCGGUCGCGGCAGAGAACGUGCCCUGGCCACAGCCGGGAGCCCCUCAGACCCGCAAGGCACCACGCCUCGAAAGCCGGCGGGGCGCCCUGCGCGCGGCGUCAGGCAAGGGGGCGCCCUUCGCCAGCCCCGAGCGGAGCGGGCGCGCCCUGGGGCGAGGCGGCGGGGAGAUGGCUCCCAGGCGGCGGUGAGCCCCCCGCGCCCUCACCAUGCAGAAGAGCGUGCGCUACAACGAGGGGCAUGCCCUGUAUCUGGCCUUCCUGGCCCGAAAGGAGGGCACCAAGCGCGGCUUCCUGAGCAAGAAGGCAGCCGAGGCGAGCCGCUGGCACGAGAAGUGGUUCGCUCUCUACCAGAAUGUGCUCUUCUACUUCGAGGGCGAGCAGAGCGGCCGCCCGGCGGGCAUGUACCUCCUGGAGGGCUGCAGCUGCGAGCGGACGCCGGCGCCGCCCAGGGCCGGGGUCGGGCCGGGCGGCGGCCGGGACGCGCUGGACAAGCAGUAUUACUUUACCGUUCUUUUUGGCCAUGAAGGUCAGAAACCCCUGGAGUUGCGCUGUGAGGAGGAGCAGGAUGGUAAAGAGUGGAUGGAGGCCAUUCACCAAGCCAGCUAUGCAGACAUUUUGAUUGAACGGGAAGUGUUAAUGCAGAAGUACAUUCAUCUAGUUCAGAUCGUAGAGACGGAGAAAAUUGCAGCUAACCAACUCCGGCAUCAACUUGAAGAUCAAGAUACAGAAAUUGAAAGACUUAAAUCAGAGAUUAUCGCUCUUAAUAAAACCAAGGAACGAAUGCGGCCUUACCAAACUAAUCAAGAAGAUGAAGAUCCAGACAUCAAGAAGAUUAAAAAGGUUCAGAGCUUCAUGAGAGGAUGGUUGUGCAGAAGGAAAUGGAAGACCAUUGUGCAGGAUUACAUUUGUUCUCCUCAUGCUGAAAGCAUGAGGAAGAGAAACCAGAUUGUGUUCACCAUGGUUGAGGCGGAGUCAGAGUACGUUCACCAGCUCUACAUCCUGGUCAACGGCUUCCUCCGGCCCCUGCGGAUGGCAGCCAGCUCCAAGAAGCCUCCCAUCAGCCACGAUGAUGUCAGCAGCAUUUUUCUCAACAGUGAAACAAUUAUGUUUCUUCAUGAAAUAUUUCAUCAAGGACUGAAGGCAAGAAUAGCAAACUGGCCAACUUUAAUUUUAGCUGACCUGUUUGAUAUUUUGCUCCCCAUGUUGAACAUUUAUCAAGAAUUUGUGCGUAAUCACCAGUACAGCCUCCAAGUGCUUGCCAAUUGUAAGCAAAACCGAGAUUUUGACAAACUCUUAAAACAGUACGAAGCCAACCCUGCGUGUGAGGGGAGGAUGCUGGAAACAUUCUUGACGUAUCCAAUGUUCCAGAUCCCCAGGUAUAUCAUCACACUUCAUGAACUCCUAGCUCAUACACCCCAUGAGCACGUGGAAAGGAAAAGUCUGGAGUUUGCUAAGUCAAAACUAGAGGAACUGUCCAGGAUAAUGCAUGAUGAAGUGAGUGACACUGAAAACAUAAGGAAGAACCUUGCCAUAGAAAGAAUGAUCGUAGAAGGUUGUGAUAUUUUGCUGGACACCAGCCAAACUUUCAUCCGCCAAGGUUCUCUUAUUCAAGUACCUUCUGUUGAGAGGGGGAAACUUAGUAAAGUUCGCCUGGGUUCAUUGUCUUUGAAAAAGGAAGGAGAAAGACAGUGCUUCUUAUUUACAAAACACUUUUUAAUUUGCACAAGAAGUUCAGGAGGAAAGCUGCAUCUGCUCAAGACAGGUGGGGUUCUUUCUCUAAUAGAAUGUACAUUGGUUGAGGAGCCUGAUGCAAGUGAUGAUGACUCCAAAGGUUCUGGGCAAGUGUUUGGACACCUGGAUUUUAAAAUAGUAGUGGAGCCUCCUGAUGCCGCCCCAUUCACUGUAGUCCUGUUGGCACCUUCACGUCAGGAGAAAGCUGCCUGGACGAGUGACAUAAGUCAGUGUGUGGACAAUAUACGGUGUAAUGGUUUAAUGACUAUAGUAUUUGAAGAGAAUUCCAAAGUUACUGUGCCACAUAUGAUUAAGUCUGAUGCCCGUCUUCAUAAAGAUGACACCGACAUUUGCUUUAGUAAAACACUCAACUCCUGCAAAGUGCCCCAGAUCCGCUAUGCCAGCGUGGAGCGCCUUCUGGAGCGGCUGACAGACUUGCGGUUUCUUAGUAUUGAUUUCCUCAAUACCUUUCUGCACACCUAUCGUAUUUUCACUACGGCAGCUGUGGUUCUGGCGAAACUUUCAGACAUAUACAAGAGGCCUUUUACCUCCAUCCCUGUCAGGUCAUUAGAAUUGUUUUUUGCUACCAGCCAGAACAGUAGAGGUGAACAUUUGGUAGAUGGCAAAUCCCCACGCCUGUGUCGCAAAUUCUCUUCCCCACCACCACUGGCUGUGUCCAGGACGUCCUCCCCGGUAAGGGCCAGAAAGCUGUCCCUGACUUCUCCAUUGAACUCAAGGAUAGGAGCAUUGGACCUGACCACCUGCUCAGCGUCCAGCAGUCCUACCACCACCCACAGCCCUGCUGCGUCCCCACCACCGCACACUGGUAAAGUACCGCUGGACCUUAGCAGAGGCCUUCCUUCUCCAGAGCAAAGCCCGGGAUCUGUAGAAGACAAUGUAGAUAACCCCCGCGUGGAUCUGUGUAACAAGCUAAAACGAAGUAUUCAAAGAGCAGCUGUCCUGGAGUCUGCACCAGUGGACCGAGCAGGAAUGGAAAACUCCCCGGUGGCGGACAGCUCAGAACUUUCACCUUGCCGGUCCCCCUCAACCCCUCAGCACCUCCGCUACCGUCAGCCUGUAGGACAGACAGCUGACAACUCUCACUGCUCUGUUUCACCUGCUUCUGCUUUUGCAAUUGCCACGGCAGCUGCAGGACACGGGAGUCCACCAGGAUUUAACAACACUGAGAGAACAUGUGACAAAGAGUUUAUUAUUCGGAGAACAGCCACCAAUCGAGUACUGAAUGUCCUCCGUCACUGGGUCUCAAAGCACGCACAGGACUUUGAGCUCAACAAUGAACUAAAAAUGAAUGUCCUAAAUUUGCUAGAAGAAGUUUUGCGAGACCCAGACCUUCUUCCCCAAGAAAGGAAAGCCACGGCAAAUAUUCUGAGGGCCCUUUCACAAGAUGAUCAAGAUGACAUCCACCUAAAAUUAGAGGAUAUAAUUCAACUGACAGACUGUCCGAAGGCCGAGUGCUUUGAGACCUUGUCAGCCAUGGAGCUGGCUGAGCAGAUCACCCUCCUGGACCACAUCAUUUUCAGAAGCAUCCCCUACGAAGAAUUUCUUGGGCAGGGGUGGAUGAAGCUGGAUAAAAAUGAAAGGACACCUUACAUUAUGAAAACCAGCCAGCACUUCAAUGAUAUGAGUAACCUGGUGGCCUCCCAGAUCAUGAACUAUGCCGACAUCAGCUCCCGUGCCAACGCGAUAGAGAAGUGGGUGGCGGUGGCGGACAUCUGCCGGUGCCUGCACAACUACAAUGGUGUGCUGGAGAUCACCUCAGCCUUAAACAGAAGUGCCAUCUACAGGCUGAAGAAAACCUGGGCCAAGGUGUCUAAGCAGACAAAAGCUCUAAUGGACAAACUUCAGAAGACUGUUUCAUCUGAAGGAAGAUUUAAAAAUCUCAGAGAAACCCUUAAAAACUGUAACCCCCCUGCCGUCCCUUAUCUGGGGAUGUACCUGACGGACCUCGCAUUUAUUGAGGAAGGGACACCAAACUUCACUGAGGAAGGCCUUGUCAAUUUCUCCAAAAUGAGAAUGAUAUCACACAUCAUCAGAGAGAUACGCCAGUUCCAGCAGACUUGCUAUCGAAUAGACCAUCAACCAAAGGUCACUCAGUACCUGCUUGACAAAGCCCUCAUCAUAGAUGAAGAUACGCUGUAUGAACUGUCACUAAAAAUUGAACCUCGGCUCCCUGCUUGAAGAUCUGGCCUUGCCCCUGACUCCGCAGAAUUCUCAUGGAAAGUGGGAUGGACAGAACUGAGCCGUGCAUGCCAUGCCUCCCGCCGUGCAGUGUGGACCAGGGAUAGAGACGAAGCCAGUCUCCUCUGUCCACCAAAGAAGAUAGAACCCAACUGGAAUUCUGUCUCCAGCCAGGGAAGCCCAGCUGUUUGGGGUCAACGACAGAUGCUUCAGACUUGGGUGGGAAGGUGAAACGAUUGAUCCUUAGUAAAGCUGAUGGCACACUUUCCAUAAGGGAAUGUAAGAUAGAUGCUGGUAGCCUAAUGAAGCGGGUGAGAAGGUAGAUUUCAGUCUGCCCAUGUUCUGUUAGAACUCGGGGACAAAGAUCCGAGGAAAAGGCCUGAGCUGCUUCUCUGGCACUUUACCGGCUUGGGUACAACUACCAGUCUUCUCCUAGGGUUCAACUGCUUCCGUUAUGUUUCCUUUAUUAUAAGCUUCCAGAAAAGCUGAGGCUUCCUCUGCAGAGAUGGCCAACCCACGAGCAAUUUCAGUGUACAGCAUGUGCAUGGUUUUCAGUGCAUUCUAAAUAUUUACAGUGGAGGGACGGCAUGUUCUGAAACUGUUUUUUUGGUCUUUAGGCAACAGGACCGGAAAGAGAUGGUGAAAGUCAAGUGAAUGUAACUUUAAAAGAUAACUCCGUAAGCUUUGCCCGAGGGCAGUCCCGUGUGCGGAGGCUGACUGCAGGCAGGGUGGGGCUUCCUCCUGGGGCUGCGGUGCCCAAGAGGUGCCCAAGAAGCCAGCGCCCGAGAGGCAAGUGUGGAGUGUGCAAAAAGGUGCCUGCACGCCUCCCCGAGAAUGCUGUGGGAUGGGACAGAGGACCACCAAGCGCUGUGGGGUUUUAGGCUGAGUGAUCAGAUAUCCUUGAAAAUGAUCUCUGCACUUUGCUGUGCUUCUUCCCCGCUCCGCUCCGCACAGUAAUGUGGGGACUUUUUUCCCCUGAUUUACCCACACCAUUUUUAGGCUCACUAUGAAUACUGACUGUGUUUUUCCAAAUGUUGUUGAAUGGGAUUUUCUUUUUAAAACCCACAGUUCUGUGUGCUGUUGGUAGACAGUUCUUCCCCGGUCCUCUUUGUUUGUAAAUUUAGGGGUAUUUACGAGAGAAAGUAUUGGGAGUGUAUGGGAAACGACCGACUACUCAACAGCUCUUCUAUCAGAAAGCUAAGUGAAGGGGUUGGUGCUUCUGCCCUGUGCUGGAGACGUGACCUUACUCUUCCCAGGAUUGUUGGUUGCUGAGGAAAUAGGGCUAUCUCAUGUUUACCUCCCUCUUCUCUUCUCAGGGAGAGCUCUGCUUUAAAAGAAGAAAGAGAAAGAAAUACAGAAAUUGUUACCUGAGCCUAUUGCACCUGACAUUUUCUCUUAGAGGCAUGAAGUAUGUUGAUGCUGACCCUGAAAAAACUGAUCUGUCUCGCUGUUUUCCUUCCUUCUUUGCACUUUAAUUAUGUUGUAAGAACUGAGGGCUAAUAAAUUCAACCUGCUGGCUCUUAAGACCCAGUGGAAGCGCUAGCCUUGAUGAUGUACCGUAGAGGUGGAGAAUGUACAUUUUUCCUGCAUGGUAAGGGCCAUCUCUGUACAUAGCUAAAUAGUGAAAUACCAAGUAAGCAAAAGAAAAUAUUGAUAAUAUUUGAAGACCAUUCCAAACAUAUUUUCAAUAGCUCAUAUUAGCCAACAGUGUAGCACUAAACCCAAGGAGGGUUAUUUAUGGAUGCUUUAUUUUUCUUUUUUUGAAAAGCUGCUUGUCUGUUCUCUUUAGUUUCAAAUAUAAGAGGUUGAUGCACCUUGACGCAUGAGAAGAAGCAUGGGUUGUUUGGAUCCUAACAAUGCGUAUCUUGCAAUUUAUUUCUUGGUGUUCAACAGCUGAGGGUUUGAACAUAUAUAUGUCAAAUUGCACCAAGCACCUCAAGGUCUUGCAGAA